AUAGAUCGCUUGCGGAGCCACGUACAAAUCCAGCCAACAGUUUGUUGACUGCAGUGUGUCACGGGGUUUUGGUCAACUUCCAGCUCUCGGUGGACAAAAGUAAACACUUGAAAGAUACACGCAGCAAUAAACGCGCAUGGAGACCAUCCACCAAUCUGACGUCUGACAGACGGACUGAACUGUAAGGAUUUCAACAACUGAUAAAUAUCAGUAGAGGAUGGCAAUCACUAAGGAUGCCAACGAGAGCACCCCUCUUAUAGAAUCUGGUUCUGGCAAUGUGAGAGCGUCACCCCCAUCUGUUUUCCGGGGAAGAAGACUAGCAUGUGCCGCUGUCUUGCUGGCUGAAUCCUUGGAAAGGAUUGCAUUCUAUGGCAUCACAUCCAAUCUUGUUCUCUUUUUAAAUAGCAGCCCAUUUUUUUGGGAGGGCACCCAAGCCAGCCAGGCACCCCUGAUGUUCAUGGGGGUGACUUACCUGAUAUCCCCAUUCGGAGGCUGGCUGGCGGAUGCAUAUCUUGGGAAGUUUUGGACCAUUGCCUCAAGUCUGAUUCUAUACUUUAUCGGUAUCCUAUUUUUCCCAUUCAUUUCAAAUGAUGACACCAGGAUAAAUAUAUGCGGAGAAGAGGCGGCGUUUCCUGUGCAGCCUGCUGAAUGUUUGAGCACGAACGGUACCGUUCCAAGCAACAUCACUUGCCCCAUCCGUGCAGCUUAUUGUGGCCCUGUAGUCUACAGUGGACUUUUUUUAAUCGCACUGGGUGUGGGGACUGUCAAGUCAAACAUCACUCCAUUUGGGGCAGACCAGGUCAAAGAUAGAGGACCGGAGGCCACGCGUAGAUUCUUCAACUGGUUCUACUGGUGCAUCAAUUUGGGAGCCAUUCUGUCACUGGGAGGUGUGGCCUACAUCCAGCAGAAUGUCAGCUUUGAGCUUGGCUACAUCAUUCCCACUGUGUGUCUCGGGAUUUCCUUCCUGGUAUUCCUCAUGGGUCGCACCGUCUUCAUCACCAAGCCGGCUGAUGGCAGCGCGUUCACGGAUAUGUUCAAGAUACUCAGCUUUGCAUGUUGCUCUUCAAAGCCUAAGGAGCCUGACUUACUUCGAAAUAAUAAACCAACGCUAUUGGAUGGUGCCAAAGUGACCUACGGAGGAAAAUUUGCAGAAGAAAAAGUGGAGGAAGUGAAAUCGCUGGUGAAAGUCCUACCUGUUUUUUUAGCCCUUAUUCCAUACUGGAUGGUGUAUUUUCAGAUGCAGACAACGUACAUUUUGCAAGGGCUCCAUUUGAAAAUUCCAGAUGCUGCCUUGAACAGCACUGCUGACUCCAGGAUGACGUUCCACUUCCCUGCAGCCUGGCUCACCAUGUUUGAUGCCGUGCUCAUCCUCUUGCUGAUUCCUCUUAAAGACAAAGUGGUAGACCCUAUUCUGAAGCGCCGUGGCCUGUUGCCCUCUUCUCUGAAGAGAAUUGCAGUGGGGAUGUUCUUUGUCAUGUGGUCGGCCGUGGCAGCGGGUAUUUUGGAAACCAAACGCCUGGAGAUCAUUAGAACAAAUGGUCCAAUUGACCAGGUGCUGGGAAACGUUAUCUACUAUGCAGCAGAUUUACCCAUUUGGUGGCAAGUGCCUCAGUACGUGCUGAUAGGAAUCAGCGAAAUAUUUGCCAGCAUUGCAGGACUUGAGUUUGCCUACUCUGCUGCCCCCAAAUCGAUGCAGAGCGCUAUCAUGGGGCUCUUCUUCUUUUUCUCUGGGAUUGGUUCCUUCGUUGGUUCCGGUUUGUUGGCUAUCGUGUCCCUCAAGGCGAUUGGCUGGAUGUCAUCUCACAAAGAUUUUGGAAACAUCAACGACUGCUCGCUCCACUACUACUUCUUUCUCCUGGCGGGGAUUCAGGGCGUCACCCUCCUCAUCUUCCUUAUCGUCUCUGUCAAGUAUGACAAGCAGAGGGGCAGGGCAGGAAGCCAAAGGCAAAGACACAUCUCAUCAUGACCCUGACGUGACCAAGAUUACCUGCCUGCUUCCUGUCCAGCCACUCCAAAAAGAAGUCUUGUAAAUACAGUGGGGCAAAAAAGUAUUUAGUCAGCCACCGAUUGUGCAAGUUCUUCCACUUAAAAUGAUGACAGAGGUCUG